AUGGAAUUAGUGUUACGAUCAUUUCUGAUGCUGAGCCUGCUGGUGCUCUCACAUGCCUGCAGAAAAGCCCAGAAAGUGAGAACCAGUCCGGGGAGUAAGACUAUGAGACUCGUCCUGGACCCCUCAGUGAUGUCUCACAUCCCCACAGUGUCUGCCUCAGCCGUCGCCAAUCUGUCUCUGUCACCAUGGACGUACAGAGACUCAUAUGACCCAUCUCGUCUGCCUGCACGGAUCUUUCACGCUCACUGCCUGACCUCCGGCUGUCUGAGCCUGCAGGGGGACGGGGAAGAUCUGGCCCUGAUAGCUAAACCUAUCUGCUACCAGGUCCCAGUCCUCUACAGAGUCGAAAGAAACAGGUCCAACAAGAAAGAAGGGACAAAGACAAGGAGGAGGUAUGUCUUCAGGCUUGGGACGGAGAAGGUUGUGGUGGGCUGUACCUGCGUGAGGCCAAGUGUUGUACAGCAGCCGUAA